UUUAAAGAAAUUGUUUUCCUUUUUCGAUGAGAUUCUAUUUUUUGACGCCUUAUCAGUUUGACCUCUUUCUUGAUAUCAGUUGUCUCAUUCGUGCAUCAAUAUUCAAAAUUGCCUCACCAACUACUUCUUACCUUACUUUUUCAGCUCCAGAGGAUACUGAAAAAUUAAAAAAGAAUGGAAAACAUCGAAAAAAGGUCAUGAGCGGACGUCAACCACUAAUUUCCCCCGGAUCUCAAAGAAUCGGAGUGAGCAAAGACAGAAAACGAUUUAUUGUUAUCACAUUUUUUGACACUUCAAUCACAAUUCUUCUUUGGCUUUUAUGUACAGUGACACGGGACGAUGACUGGGAUAAGGUGUUUUUCAAUGAAAUCAAUAUUUUUAAUCCUAAAUUUAUUAGAAUUUCUCUUUUCGACAUUGUCCUAUUGGCGGUUCUUCGAAUGUUGAUACUCGGUGUCGUGUAUGGAAUUUGUCUGGUCAAACAAUGGUAUACGGUAGCAUUUACCACGCUCGCUUCGAGUGCUUAUAUCCUCAUGAAAGUUUUAUUUUAUUUCAAUCACUCAUCAAGUGCAGUUCCCCCUCUACUUCUCAUUAUAACUUCUUUCACACUUUGUUGGUCUGAAUUCUAUUUGAUGCCCUUUCAAAUAUUACCCAGAGAACGGCGAUAUGCGCGGCGAGAAUUGGACGGAAUCGAGAAUCCAGAGUUUUCUACUGAUGAUGAAGCCAGAUCAAACAACCGUCAUCGUCGUGGACGCCGUCAGCAAAACUCUGGAAAUCAAUCGGAAGCUCCAACAGCAGUACCGUCUCGUGUGUCUUCUGGUGUAUUCAUUGCUUCUGAUUACGAUGAAUUCAGAAGUGCGGCUGAAUUCUCUUCAGAUGAAGAAGCUCGAUCACGUCUUUUAGUUCCACCUGAUACGAAAAGAUUAUUUGAAAUUACUCUCAGAGAAUGUCUUGAUCAAGUUGAAGAAUUAAUGAGAGAUUCGAGGCUUGGAGGAUGGAAAACACUUCGUUCAGCUAAUCCAACAGUACUUCAAGGACCGGAUAAUUAUUUCCUAGUUCGAUCUGAAUUCAAUAAAUUCCCAGCAUUAGUACUAUUUAAUAUUGCAUGGAAAGAUAUGUUGAAAUGGAAUACUCAGGUAAUCGAAGGAAAAAUGAUUGCUCACUUGGAUAAUGCCACUGAUUUGUACUAUUCCGUGAGUGCUCCAGCAAUGCGUGGAUAUAUUUCCUCUCGUGACUUCCUGGAUCUACGAAAGAUAAAGCUUGAUUCGUCAGCAGAUGUCUACACCGGAUACUUUGUUUCAGUAGAAUCCAAUUUAUGCCCAAACAAUGGAAAUCCGAAAAUCGUACGAGGACACAAUUUCCCAUCCAUGAUUCGAACAUUGAAAGAUGAAGCAGGAGUAACUUAUUUCGAAUGGCUCAUGAAGACUGAUCUCAAAGGUGGCCUUCCACGCCGUCUUGUUCACUCGGGAAUGGUCAAUUACUUCAGUGAGCACGUGAAACGGAUGAAUGAGUUCGCAGAAACCCAUUAUCAUUGUCCUCCUUGAGAUUCAACACAAAAUUAUAUUUUAUACCUUGAAUGUGAUUUACUUUUUUUUUUCUGUAAGUAUCUGUCCCCUAUUUCCCAUCGCUAGAUAUUCCUGCUAACCUUUAUCAUGACUAAUCACUUUUUAAAGUUUCAUACCUCCUUGCCCUUUCUGAAUUUUCCCCUCACAAUUCCAAACCAAUAUGAAUAUUAAUUAUUCCGAAAGAUGUU